GCGGCAUCGGACUCCGAAUGAGAACCCUCAAAGAAGCAUGUGUAGGUGCCACUGAGUACGUUCACGAGCUAUAUAAGCGCAUUCUUCGUUCGAUUCAGCAUCAUCAACAACAGCUGCUUCGACAUCACUCAACCCAACUAUUAACAAACACAACUAACCACUCAAUCAACCCUCCCAACUCAGAUCCCACCGAAUUGUCACCAUGCAGUUCACUACCAGCCUCCUUGCCAUCCUCGCCAGCACAGCGAUCACCAACGCGGUAGUGGUCGAUCUCUUCUCCGAUACCGACUGCCAGGUCCCUGCUGGGAGCCGCAACGUAUGGGAUAAUUCGUGUGCUCCUUUGGGCGGCUUCCAGUCUUUUCGCAUCACGGGCUCCGGUGGUUCGGGACAGCAGCUCUCAGCAUACAGCAAGAACUACUGCGCUGAUAAGGUGACUGCUUGUGUCGGUGUGAGCGCGACUGGAGACUGCCAGCGUGCUACCAACGACAACGGCGGCAGCAAUGCGAUGGGAUCUAGCCCUGUUUGCGGCGCUCUUUAGGUACGUCUUGCAUCCUCCUCAGCUCAAUGUAACUGACGCACCAAGGUUGCUCUGCGUAGGAAAGCUCAGUACAAUUGGUCAUCAGUGGCAG